UUCAGUGUGUGAGCUGGACGUCUGACAAGUGGUUUUCCGCUGAGAAUUAUUUCAAAGCACUGAGGAGAGGCAGCUGCUGAAUUUUGAAUAGGCUAUCUUCACUGUAUUUCAGUAUCAAAGUAAUGACUACCCCAAUCAGUCUUACAAUUUAAGAAAAACUGGUCGUCCGUUGCGGUCUGUUUUGUCUCCCGGGUGCGUCGUGGGUAAUUAGUUAAUUUGGAUCAUCCGGCGCUCCCGGUUAAACCUAGGGAAACCUGGACAUAAGUCGCCAGGUGGACGCAACAAAGGGCUGCUGUGUGCUUCAACGUUUCAACUAUUUUGUAAUUCAUCUUAACUUACUUUUUUAAUCUGUCCAACAUGUACAGCAUGAUGGAACACGAGCUGAAGCCGAGCGGUCAGCCCCCUUCUCAUCAGACCUCCCAGGGAAUGUCACCGGUCACCGGCAACAUGACCGGGAACAUGGGCAGCAAUGGCAACUCUCACCCGAACUCCAAAACGGCAUGUGCCCCUGGAGGCGACCCCAUGGAUAAAGUCAAGCGGCCCAUGAACGCUUUUAUGGUCUGGUCCAGAGGACAGAGGCGCAAGAUGGCUCAAGAAAACCCCAAAAUGCACAACUCUGAGAUAAGUAAGCGGCUGGGAGCUGAAUGGAAACUUCUGACUGACGCCGAGAAGCGGCCCUUCAUCGACGAGGCCAAGCGGCUCCGGGCAGUCCACAUGAAGGAGUAUCCCGACUACAAAUAUAAGCCACGCCGCAAGACAAAGCCCCUGCUUAAAAAGGACACUCAGGUGGGCAAGUACCCGCUGUCAGCAGGGAACCUGCUGGUGGCGGCGCAAGGCCAAGGUAGUCCGAGGAUGGAGAACUACGGCUGGGGCCCUACUGGAGGGUACGCUGGCAUGCAGGGCGAGGCGCUCGGCUACACACAGCAGCUACACAGGUAUGAUCUGUCAGCUCUCCAGUACCCACCUGCAAUGACGGCAGCACAGACGUACAUGAACGGAGCCAACUCGUACAGCCCCAUGUCAUAUAGCAGCAGUCCUCAGCCAAGCCCUGUCACCAUGUCCAUGGUGAAAGCAGAACCAGUGUCCCACUCGCCUCCAACGGUGACGCCAAACCACCAUCGGGGGCCUUUACAAGGUGACCUCAGGGACAUGAUCAGCAUGUACAUUCCUGGACCAGGAGGGGAUGCCGGUGACCCCACAACAGCACAGAGGGCCUACACCAGUGUCCAGCAGCACUACCUCACCGGAACCGUUCCACUCACCCACAUCUAGGACUGAAGUGGGAAUCAUGUGGGCUAGGGGUGAACCAGAAAUGCUCAUGACGCACAGCUGGAUGGAGUUAGGUGUGGGGAAUGUUAGUGGCAAAGCAAAGAGACACAAGAUGUUAAGGACAAAACACUUUCCCCCCUGUAUUCAGUGGUGUUCCAGUGCCUGCAAUUACAGACACACAAGUGAUGACUACAUUUUUAUAUCAUUGAAAAGCUUUUUUUUUUUUUUUUUUUCUACGUCUUUGGUGCCACAUCAGUUCAGAUAAAUGCCACACACCCACCACCACAUGUACAGAGCUGAGACUCCUCCCUGCCCGCCACCCUCAGCUGAUUUCUCUCCAUAAAGGACAACAGUGAAGACAGGGGCAACAUCUGUUUAUUGUGUACAUAUUAGGAAAUGUUAAUUUGUCUUUUUAUAUUUUUAGAAAGUAUCCAUAACAAGUCAAAAGACUCCUUAAUACCAUCCUAAACACUUGUGACGCUGGCACUCUUGACUGUUCCACCAUACCCAGUCAGUGCCAGGGGACUGGUCCAGUUAAUGGAUUUAGUCUUCCACUGUUGGAGCCAGUCCCUGCUGUCUACAACCACAGCACAGAGACAAAUGACCUGGCAACCUGGUCCAUGGAUCACGAUCUCUCAGCUGGUGACAGACAAAUCACCUGAGCUGAAUGCUCUGGUAUUUGUUGUUGCUGCGCUAAAGUGUGAGCAGAGCUGGAGAACAGCUGGGUGCCGGUGGGGAAAAUGGAAAGGAAAUGCACAACUUGAAUGACAGAGCUGUUUUUAAAAUUAACUCUUUGUGCCUUGGCUUUGGUUUAGUGCUUGUAUUUUUAUGUUUUAUUUUUAACUGAUGAAAUCCUGUUGGACAAUUGGUGCUGCAUCCACAGGAAAUACACUGGCUUCCUAUAUGUGGUGUUGCUUAUAUGUAGAACCAGCCAGAUUCUACAUUCAGUAGGUCUAGCAUCCUCAGUCACACCAAAUCACUGGAUUUACAGUUUGGAGUCUGAGAAGUGGUAUGACUCUGUUUUUGCUGUCUACGUGAGUUUUUUUUUUUUGUUGUUGCUAUAAUUAGUUUUAGAUUUGACCUUUUGAUACAAAUGUUCAGAUGCAUUGUUCUGGCAGCAUUCUGAGUUGCUCUGUGUAUUCAUUGUCACUUUGCUCUAGACAAGAGUUAUAUUGUUUUUAGGUUUUUCAUUAAAUGAAUGAAAUGUAAUAUGAAAUGCUACAUUUUAGUUGAGUUGUUUUAUCCGAACAGCAGAUUAAGACUCGCAAGUUAUCUCUUCCACCAAUUAAGCUGUACUGACAAAAGGCCUUCCAGGCAUGUCUUUUAAUGACCUGUCAACUGUUUGUCUUUACUGGUGGUAAAAACACAAUGUAUCAAAGUAAGUUUCAGAUUAAAUCUCCAGCAAACCUUCUAUCUUGUUUCUAAACUAAAUUCUUUUCAGAUAACUUUACCUGUGGGUAUUUAUAUCAUACUAUAAAAUAAUAAACGAUUUUUAAUCCUGGUUCUCUCAAACUGACUGUACUGUCAUUUUUCUGUCUAGCCUGCUGUCUGGUUACUGCUGCUAUGGAUCUAAAGGGAACUUUUAUUUUCAACCUACCAAAACUGAACAUUUGAAUGUGGUAGAUUAUUCAGACAGUUAUUAACUUUGAAGCAUUCCAUUACUAACUUAACAUGCACUGGAAACAGAUGCCUGAUUUUAUUUUUGAAAAAGAGAGAGCAGUUCUAUUAAAGUAAUGCAUGAAUGUUAACAUUGCCACCCAAGUAUUUGAAAACUAACUUUUAUACUGACUUGUAUCUAUUUUUAGAAUGAAUUAUCUUGUAUGUAAAUGCUGCCAUAUACUAGAAUUAUUGUAUGUAGCAUUCAUGUAAAUAAUGUAUACAUUGUUAGGCUCUUAUACUAAGAGUCUUGAUUCCUUUUUGAUUAAAAAAAUGUGUUAUGGCAUUCAUAACCAUAUUAAUAAAAAAUACAAAUCA